AUGCCUAGGCAAGCGCUUACACCACUCGAGACAAUUCCUGAAGAGGAGGAUGAAUUUGAUCUCUCGAUGACUAUAGUCUUAGAAAGCCCUUGUUGUUCCGGUUAUCAAGCCACUCCUCCGCCGACCAUCCAAGUAACCUCUCACGCAAGUGUUCUGGCGCCUCAGCCUCGGUACGGCAACACAAUUGGCAAUACUCACCUCGCAUUUCCACAUCACUAUUCCUCUCUGCCAUCCAGAUAUCAAUACACGCCUCCAUAUUUACAGGAGGCGUAUUUACAAGUACCCUCGCCUGCUUCGUCCACUUCAUCCUUGCAUACCGCUCCCACAUAUCCCUCUCCCACCGCCCUCAACGACAACAACCCCCACCAAGCCCAAACCCUCCUGGACUUUGUCAAAGAGAGAACUCAGACACGCCUCGAGGAAACAGGCCUCUCCGACGACUUCUUCACCAAAUGGGCCAUUGUCGAAACAAACAUGUUUGGCGGCGUCAUCCCCCCUGAAUCUAAAUACACCGUCCCGCCCUACGCCCUCCCAAGCUACUCCGGCCAAGUCCGCCUCCGCUUCAUCGCUAGAGCUCUUGGCUUUUCAAUGUCCGGUACCCCCUCGGACCUUGAGAAGUUCCUCAGCCGCAAUCUCUUCAUCAUCAUGUGCCUUUGUUUUAAUAUUGUCCCUAACCCAGAUCUCAUCUUUAACGAUGAUAGUGACAAUUCCCGCUGCGGCAUCAAUAUUAAUAGACCCGGCGGUAAGCAAUUUAAUAAAACAUUGCUACGUGCUAUGCAGCAGCUAGAAUGGACGCAUCCCGAUGUUAUAGAGGCGGUAAGACUGUCCACGACAGAUGAAGCCGGGGCUUUGGCUUUUCUGUGCAAGAAAAAGGUAUCGCACAUUCUGCCCGAUGUUUCUCAGACAAUGAAGGACAUGGUAUGGAAGGAGCCGGCGCUCGAGGAUUUGGGUUCUCGUAAGCUGCAUGAGAUGGCGGUUCAACAGAUGCGGGAGAGUCGUCCGUAUAGCCUGCUGAGACAUGCAGUCAGGCCUGAAGAAGUUGUAGUGUGA